AUGGGCCUGAGAGGAUCUCACUAUCCACAAGUGCUGUCCAGUGCAGCGCUCAGCUGCGAAAUCCCAUACAUGGGAGAUGAGGAGAUCAAAUUGUUUGUGGAAGGAAUAGCAUUUCCUGACAAAAACUUUGAUGGUGUAAUCCGUAUCCACCUCAGUUUAUUAGAACCAAUCUGUGAAGGAAUUCCGGAAACUCCGAUCUUUACAGACACUGUGAUGUUCAGAGUGGCUCCGUGGAUCAUGACACCCAACACCCUCCGGCCGCUGGAGGUGUUUGUGUGCAGCACAAAGGAUAACUAUAAAUUCCUGAAGGACAUGAAGAGGCUUGUAGAGCGCAGCGGUUCUAAACUGAACAUUUGCUACGAGUCUAUGAAUCGGGGAGAUCGCUGGAUACAGGAUGAGCUGGAGUUCGGCUAUAUCGAUUCUCCACAUCACUCCUUUCCAGUCGUUUUGGAUUCUCCCAGAGAUCGAGAACUCAAUGACUUUCCGUAUCACGUGCUUUUGGGCCCAGAUUUUGGUUAUGUGACAAGAGUGCCACACCGGAAAGAUGUGAGUAGCUUGGACUCUUUCGGAAAUCUUGAAGUAAGUCCUCCUGUCACCGUCAAUGGAAAGGAUUAUCCCCUGGGCAGAAUUAUCAUCGGAGUCGCCUUUCCUACGGCAUCUAAAGGACGAAACAUGACUCAGGUAGUCCAGGACUUCCUGUGGGCCCAGACUGUCCAAGAGCCUGUAGCUUUAUAUUCUGACUGGCUUGAAGUGGGUCAUGUCGAUGAGUUUAUGUCCUUUGUUCCCGCCAAGGACAGAAAGGGAUUCCGCCUGCUGCUGGCCAGUCCAGAUGCAGGGUACAAACUAUUCAAAAAACUGCAGAACGAUGGUUAUGGUGAAGCCAAACUGUUUGAGGAUAUUCCAGACGAAACGCCGAUAUCAGUGAAUGAAAUAUUGGCUGAUAAACAAUUUGAAGCCGAAAAUAAUUACGUUCAGAGCUGCAUUGACUGGAACAGAGACGUGCUGAAGAAAGAGCUGGGUUUGGAGGAUGAGGACAUUAUUGAUCUGCCCAUUCUGUUUAAACUUGUUGACGACAAUGAUCAGUACAGAGCCCUGGCCUAUUACCCGGACAUGGUGAACAUGAUUGUCCUGGGGAAACACCUGGGCAUCCCGAAGCCGUUUGGGCCGAAAGUGAAUGGGACGUGUGCCCUGGAGCAGGAGAUGGUCUCUCUGAUGGGGGGCCUGGGCCUGAGCUGCACUUUCAUAGAUGAUUUCGCCUCUUACCACAAACAACACGGAGAAGUGCACUGCGGAUCUAAUGUCCGCCGAGCUCCCUUUGAGUUCAAAUGGUGGAACAUAGAAAUGUGA